GCGCUCCUCCCCGCCACGGGCUGAGAAAGUUGCAAAGGCAGGAAGUGGAAGGAGGAAACAAAAGUUUGCAAACAUUCGGGGCGGAGAGGAGGGCGACGGGGACGCGUCCUCUGCAGCGCCAGGAAAAAACACCCCGAAAAACAAGAAACCCCGGGGAGGAGUCGGCGGAACGGGGCGCCACGAGGCCCGAGGCCGCGGCGAUGGGCCACCAGCAGCGCUGACUUGGCAAAGGGGCCGGGGAUGGAGGCGUAGAGGUCAAAGCUGGGGAGGGAAAGGCGCGAGAAAGUGAAAGCGGCCGGCUUCCCUCGCAGAUUCGGGGGAGUCUUUUCUUUUGGGGGGGCUUAUCUCCUCUCCACCAUCCCCAAGGAAGGAUCCACCGACCAGCCUUGAGAUCUGGCUUCCUCCUCCGGGGCCACGACGCGUGGGAACCCAAGAGGCGCCGGAGAGGACGGGGAAUCGGGCGGAGGGGGCGAUGGGGCCCCCCAAGAUGCCGACGCCUUCGGGGCUCGCCCGGGGCUUCCUCCUGGCGCUCCUCCUGGGUAAGAGAGAGGGGCGCGUGGGGCGCGGGGUCGGCUUGCCUUUGGGGGCACAAGCGCCUCUUUUCAUAGGGUGCCCAGUUGAUGGAAUGAUGGCGAGGGGUGAGGGCUCAGUCUGUGCCCCCUCCCCAAGAUAUGCCAGGGCUCCGGUUCCCAUCAGUUCCGACCAGCAUAUCCAGUGGUCAGAGAUGAUGGCAGUUGUGGUCCAGCAAAGCCUGGCGGGUCAAAGGUCGUCCUUUGCAGCACCCCACAUUUUGGGUGGCUAGGAGUGGGGCAGGGGUGGGGGCAGAGAUCUGCCCAUUCAAAGGCACACCUGUAGAGUUUGGUCUCUAAACCUAAGCUAAGUGUGGUGAUGGCCAAUCCACUGGUGUGGACAUUAACCCCAGGUCUGAAAAAAAAGGGGUCAGCGCAGUCCUUUUUGCAGUUAUGGGUCACUGGACCUUUGUUGCACCUGGGAGUCCUUUUCUCCCAGGAGACCUGGUAUCAGCCCAGGUGAGGAGGAAGCUACCUUGAUGGAUGGGAUACAGGGAGCCUUGCGAUGACUGGAGCGAGUUUAAGCAUUUUCCUUGCAUUCAUUCCGGUGUAUACCUGAUGGAGGAAACCUGAGACUCUGGAGUUCGGCCUAAUAGCCUUCCUGCCCGGCUUCCCAACCUGGUGCCUCUAGUUGUUUUGAACUUCACUCUCUAAAACAUAUGGGGAGCAGAAUCUGCUCUGAGUCAUGCGCCAGGUCAAACCUGCUCUGAAUCUCCUGCUUCCUGCAGGCAACCUGUCAAAGGCCUUGUUUUCCUCUCUGGUAGUCUGAUUCUCCAAUCUGAGAGAAGUCUGACAUCAAAAUAUGUCAGUGUUCUGAAAACUCUGGAAGACACACUAUGGUCUUGCGGGACACUCUGCUGCUGACCUCAGAGUCACAGUAGUCCAGGAAUAUAUAUAUAUAUAUAUAUAUAUAUAUAUAUAUAUAUAUUGCAAAGGGUUGCUCUCUUCUUAUCUUGUUUUUGACAGGCUAUUCACCUUUCUGUUUAUAAGGGGUUUUGUGUAUUUAGUUCAUAGAAUUUAUAGACUGUUUUAUAUAGCAACAACAACAAACCAGCCUCAAAGCAGUUUACAAAAAGAAGUUAUCAGUCUUUAAAAAAAGAAGAUAAAAACAAGUAUUGCAUAGAAUAAAUAGAGUUGGAAGAGACCCGCUCCAGGGUCAUCUAAUCCAACACCCUGCAAUGCAGGAACCUCAAGUAAAACAUUUAGAGAUAAUUAAAAUCAAUUAUCAGCUACAAACCACAUUAAAAUACAUGUCAGUGUUCUUCUGCCUGUCAGGAUAGGCUUGCCUAAACAAAAUUAUUUUAGCAGGCGUAUAGCAAGAGUAUAGCAAAGGUGCUUGUCUGGUAUCAAUGGGCAGGGAGUUGUUAUUAUUACUAUUUUAUUUUAUUUAUUUAUUGAAUUUAUAUACUGCGCUAUGCUUGGGGAUCUCAGGGCUGUUCACAGAAUAAAAUCAAGAUAUAAAACCACAAAAUACCUAAUAAAAAUAAAAGUAGCCCCCCCCAAAAAAAACACAUUUUAAAAGGGCAUAGGAUGUAAAUCGCAUCAACCAAAGGCCUGGUUAAAAAGGAACAUUUUUGCCUGGCACCUAAAGAUGUAUAUUGAAAGCGUCAGGCGAACUUCUCUGGGGAGAGCAUCCCACAAACAGGGAGCCACUGCAGAGAAGGCCCCGUUCUCGUGUUGCCACCCUCCAGACCUCUUGAGGAGGAGACACACAAAGAAGGGCCUCAGAAGAUGAUCCCAGGUUCAUAUGAAAAGAGGCAAUCCUUGAGGUAUUGCGGUCCUGAGCCGUUCCAAAGUGUGGCUAUUGCCACACUAUAAUACUGAUUUCUUUCCAAUGUGGAACAGACAAUAUGUGGCACCUAUAACAGUUCCCCAGACUGAAGUGGCCAAGUGGACAUAUAAAGAAAUAAAACCCCUUGUAAACAUAUUGCAUAUGUUAUUCCCAAGCUGCUGAGGGCUUUAUAUACGAAGAGUAGCCACAUGGCUGGGUAGCAAAUUGGCAACCGUUGCAAAGGUGUUCUAUGCUGGCAAGGUAUUGUUUGUUGUUGUUGCCACGCAUGAGUAUUUAUCUACCAGCUGAACUCUGGCAAAGUGCACUCCAACCUAAUGGAGGCUUAGGCCACAAUGAAUGUGCUCCUUCAACAUACCAGGAAGUCCUUCGUUUGUGUGUUUUUCAGAUAAGCAGACUUAACACAGACAGCCUGUCUGAAAUUUGACUUUCUCUUUCCUUUCUAUUCCCUAGGUGGGUUUCAGCCCACUGAGAGCAACUCCUCCCGCAUGGGUGAGUUGGGGGGUAGAGGUGGGGGCACAAGGCAUGGGGCAGAGAGGGAAGGUGGGUGCGGAGGAGGGGGGUAUUGUUUAUAUUUGAAGGUCCAGAAAAGAGUAACAAAAAUUGUCAAGGGGGUGGAGCGAUUCCUAUGAGGAAAGGAAUUUGAGACUUAGUGAGUGAGGGGAGACGUGAUAGAAAAUUUAUAAAAUUAUGCAUGUCCUGGAGAAAAGGAGAUGGAGAAACGUUUUUUCCCCCCUCUCAUAACUUUUCAUUUUCAUUUCAUUUUUAAUUUGUAUAAUUCCUUUCUAUAUUACGAUACCCAAGGCGGUUCACAGUAACAAAAUACGCAGCAAACAGCACACGCCUUAUAAUAAUCUGAUCCAAUACAAAAAGUCGUAAUAAGGCAUAACUUUCAAAUGGAAUGACUUAUAUCAGAUAAAGUCAUGCUGAAUUGUCUGUUGGUCAUAGUACACAAUAAAACCAACUCUCAAAACAUCAGCAAAUCAUUGUUAAACAAGAGAUUCACCCUUAACAAUUGCAAUAAAUAACUACUGAACUACAAUCAAUAAACAUAACUGCAAGUCGCAAUGCAUAACGUGUGCACCACAGUGUGUACAAAACCAUGUAAAAAGGUUCAAAUUGGGAAACAGACACAUGACUUUUAAAACUACCGUAUUUUUUGCUCUAUAAGACUCACUUUUUCCCUCCUAAAAAGUAAGGGGAAAUGUGUGUGCGUAUUAUGGAGCGAAUGCAGGCUGCACAGCUAUCCCAGAAGCCAGAACAGCAAAAGGGAUUGCUGCUUUCACUGUACAGCGAUCCCUCUUGCUGUUCUGGCUUCUGAGAUUCAGAAUAUUUUUUUUGUUGUUGUUUUCCUCCUCCAAAAACUAGGUGCGUCUUGUGGUCUGGUGUGUCUUAUAGAGCGAAAAAUACGCUAUUUCCCCCCCUUAAACUCCUCCUCAGGAGAACUCACAGACAUCCAACAAAACUGAAUGUUGGAAGAUAUCGGACAGAUAAAAUGAAGCAAUUCUUCAAACAGUGCAUGAUUAAACUAUGGGAUUUGUGCCCACAGGAGGCAGCAAUGACCAUCUUGUGUGGCUUUAAAAAGGGAUUAGGCACAAGAAGGUCUAUCAGUAGCUGCUAGCCGUAAUGGCUGUUCUUUGCCUCUGUGGUUAUAGGCAGUAAUGCUUCUGAACGCCAGUUGCUAGAAACCUCAGGAGGAGAAAAUGCUCUUGUGUUCGAAUCCUGCUUGUGGAUUUCCCACAAAAGGAUGCUGGACCAGAUAGGCCAUUGCAGGCUCGUAUUGCGGCCUAGUUUUACUUUUAUGCAGCCGCCUAAACAGUUAGUUUGCUAGAAAUAAGAUUCCUGUGGCCCUCCAGACUUUGUGGAACUCCAGCUCCCCUCAGCCACAGCCAGCAUGGCUCCUGGUCAGGGAUGAGGAAAAUUACAGUCCAUCAGUAUUUGGGGUGUCACACAUUCACCACCCCUGAGGGAAAGGCAAGGGUAGCCAACAGCCAAUACAGCACUUGUAAGGGGUGAUGAAAGUUGCUGUCCAAAAAUAGCUGGCUAUCUCCGCAUUGGGUUUGGAGAACCAGGAUGCCAUGACAAAGGCUCAGAAGGAGAAGGAAAGGACUGAGGAUGGCACUGAGCAGAGUGGGGUGGUGGUAGCCAUUUCAGGGAUAAGUGACAGCAAGGGAGAGACUCCUGAAAUGACCAUGGAGACUAUGGUGCCUAGAAAGAUCUUGAUACCUCGGUUUUUGAACAUAAUCCGCUCCAGAAGACCAUUUGACUUUCAAAACGUUCGCAAACCAAAGCACGCCAUUUUCGGAAGCAUUUGCUUCUUGGAAACUCAGUACAGAAACCGUUUUGUGGCACAUUUGGCUUCUGAAAAGCGUUCGAAAACUGAAGCAGUUGUUUCCGGGUUUUUGGCGUUCAGGAGCCGAAACAUUUGGCUUCCGAGAUGUUCGAAAACCGAGGUACCACUGUAUUAUGAAGGGGAACUAUAAAAGAAAGUCAGGAGGAGCUGGGAGUAUGGAGAAGGGGCUCAACGUUGCUUCAUUGACCUUCUCCUUCCUCCCACAGCUGUCUGUCAAGGCUACCCUGACGUCCGGAGGGAGCCGCAAGGCCAGAUCCGUAGCCCUUCUUCCCAAGGGACGACAUACAGCAGUUGUAGCUGGGUCAUUCUGGCCGACCCUGAGGAGAUCAUCAGUAUCAGGUGAGAAGGGAGCACUUUUAGUUGGGCCCGGAAACCAACCUCACAUGAGCGCAUCCUUCAGAUUUCCUGGGGAGCAACACAUAGAAGCAAAAGUUGGCAUGCAUACUUGAUCUCUCUUGAUCUCUUUCCCUUUUCCUUCCACAGGUUCCAGCGCUUUCAUCUCUCCUGUACCUCGGAGAUGCUGAUCAUCCAGUCAGCCUCGCUCCCUUCAUCCCCUUGGAAAAUCUGUGGCUACCACACUCCUGAGCCCCUCCGGAUAAAGGGAGGCAACGUGACCCUGAGUUACAACUGGAAGUUCAUGACAGGAGAUGGGUUUCAGCUGAAAUAUGAGAGAGGUACGGCAGAGUCCACAGCCCUGGUGCAUUAUGGGAAGAAAACGGAAGCUUCUCUCCUCAUCAAUUUCCCUCCCUGAUUAUUGUUUCCAAUUAUCCAUCUCCUUCUACACACACGCAUGUAUACAUGGACCUCCUAUCCCUGCGUUUCGUGGGUGGGGUGCUAUUUUUCAUCUAAAGUGUGGGUCUCCCUUCUUUCUUAUUUAAAAAACAACCACCACAAACUGAUUUGCGAAUGAGGAAAGAAAACCGCAAGGCUGAAAAAAUCAGAAGUGAGAGAAAUCAGAACUGAAGGGCUCCCCCAUCCCUGCCGUUUCCGAGCACAAUUCAACUGUUGGUGCUGACCUUUAAAGCCCUAAACUGCCUCCAAGGCCCAGUAUACCUGAAGGAGCGUCUCCACCCCCAUCGUUCAGCCCAGACACCGAGGGCCUUCUGGCGGUUCCCUCACUGCGAGAAGUGCAGCUACAGGGAACCGGGCAGAGGGCCUUCUCGGUGGUGGCAGCCACCUUGUGCAACUCCCUCCCAUCAGAUGUCAAGGAAAUAAGCGGCUAUCUGACUUUUAGAAGACAUCUGAAGGCAGCCCUGUUUAGGGAAGUUUUUAAUGUUGGAUGCUUCAUUGUGUUUUUUAUAUUCUGUUGGGAGCCACCCAGAGUGGCUGGGGAAACCCAGCCAGAUGGGCGGGGUAUAAAUAUGUUGUUGUGGGGGUUACCACCAACACACAUCUCCAAAGCUGAUGGAAUACUAAUCUGUAUAUUAUUGGCCCUGCCCAUCCCAUGCCUCUUUUGGUUUCCUAUCAGUCCCUCUGACAGCUUCAUUCUGUGUUUUCCACACCCUUUCCCUCACUCUCUUUCUCUGCUCCAGAAGCCAGCAGGCCACCCGUCUUCCCUUGCAACCUCACCCUGGACAACUUCUACGGGAUCUUUUUCUCGCCUGGCUUCGCUUCUGACUCCUACCUGGGCGCCGCGCAUUGCCAGUGGGCCCUCAACGCCCACGACAGCCGGCCUCUGAGCAUCCGCUUCACGGCCCUCAGCCUGGGCGUCGGGGACUCCCUGAGGGUGUACGAGGGGGCGCCCGGAUCCGCGCCGCGCCCCCGCUUGCUGCGCAACCUCGACUACACCAGCAACAAGAAAGUGGUCGCCGUGGACUCGCCUUCCAGCCGUGCGUGGGUGUCCUACGAGGCGGCGCCGGGAACAUCAGGCCGCGGCUUCAACGCCACCUACCACGUGCGGGGCUUCUGCGUCCCGUGGGAUUUCCCCUGCGGCGGAGGCGACGGCGAGGGGGCCACUUGCUACAGCGCCGCCGAGCGCUGCGACGGGUUCUGGGACUGCGCCAGCGGCGCCGAUGAGGACGGCUGCAAAGGCUGCCCGGUGGGGCAGUACCCCUGCGGGGGUCGUGGGAUCGGCGAGGCCGGCUGCUACGGGCCGGCCGACCGCUGCAACUACCAGACUUUCUGCGCCGACGCUGCGGACGAGCGCCAUUGCUACUCGUGCCAGCCGGGCAACUUCCGGUGCCGGGACGGGCGCUGCAUCUACGAGAGCUGGGUGUGCGACGGGCAGGCGGACUGCAUUGAUGCCUCCGACGAGGCGGACUGCUCCUAUGUCCUCCCGCGGAAAGUGGUGACGGCGGCCGUCAUCGGCAGCCUGGUGUGCGGCCUUCUCUUGGUGAUUGCGCUGGGCUGCACCUGCCGACUGUAUGCCCUCCGCAGCCACGAGUUUGGGUGAGAGGAGCAGCCGGGGAGUGAGGGGCAAGGCUGGGGCUUAGGGAAUGUGCACAUGAGAUAUCAAAAAUGCGGAGAGCGAUGGAAACUGGGGGGGCAGGACUGGGAAGGCGGGUGGGAAGUAUAGGAAUGGAGCCAUACAGAGAGGGAAGACAGAUGUCCUCAGGAAGUACUGUGCAGUGAUCAUGGUACCCUGGUGUAUAGAAAUCUGCUUUAUUUGCUUAAAUACCCUCCUCUUCAGCCAAGGGUGGAUUUAAUUUAAAUCAAAUCGAUCUAAAUUACUAGUCAGUAAGACUUGAUUUAAAUCAUUUUUUACAGAAAGACUCAUUCUUGCUGGUAUAAUCUUAAUAUUUACAUGCAGAUGAAAGUUUCAUUUUUUGAACAAUAAGUUUUCAGAGUUAUUUUUACAGUUAUAUCAAAAAUUACAGAUAUGGUUAUACUAUUAGAAAUACAUGGACAGAUGAUUAUGAAAUUAUUGUGAGGUUUAAUAAGUUAACUGUUUAUAUUGGUACAACUUUUCUGCUGUACUUGAUUGGAAGGAGAAAAAUAAUAAUUUCCUUAAUAAUAAUUUAAACAAUUUAUUUAACUAAAACAAUAACAUUAUAGCAUAUGUAUCCAUGUUUGUUAACUGAUGUGGUUAAACAAUUUUUUCAUGUGUGGUAACACUCAGUCUGAGUGUUACCACACAUGAAAAACUUAAAACAAAUCCUUAUUUCCAGAUGAAUAGCAUUUAGGCUAUAGUGUAAAUACCCUCACAAAGCGUUUUAUUUUAAAAAUCUGAAUUUUUUAUUUUUUAAAAUCCUUGAUUUUUAUCCACCCUGCUUCAGCCAGAAGUAGGCUCCUAGAGCAGCUUACAAAUGUCCAUGAUAAGACAGUGCCUGCCCUCAGGCUUACAGUCCAAAAGGUAUAACAUGAAAGGAAGAAAGGAUCCGGAGGGAAAAAGCAAAGUCUGUCUUAAAUGCCAGAGCUUUUGUAACAGCCUGCUGGAUGGUUCAAGGAAAGCUGCUGGCUUUUCUCAGUAGAGGUGAUAGCAAGAUCCUGCCAUCUUAUCCCUCUGUUCCUGUAGCCUGAUGGGAUGGCUGCUGUGGGCGGCAGCUGAGAGAGGAGCCCGAUGGACAUGGUAAACCAGUGGCCUAGCCGCUGUGGGUGCAGCUAUUGCCUAAUAAUAAUAAUAAUAAUAAUUUAUUUAUACCCCACCCAUUUGGCUGGGUUUCCCCAGCCACUCUGGACAGCUUCCAACUGAAUAUUAAAAACAAUACAGCGUCAAACAUUUAAAACUUCCCUAAACAGGGCCGCCUUCAGUUGUCUUUUAAAAGUAAAAUAGUUGUUCAUUGCCUUGACAUCUUCUGAGAGGGCGUUCCACAGGGCAGGCGCCACUACCGAGAAGGCCCUCUGCCUGGGUCCCUGUAAAGAAUGUUGCCGUUUUAACAGGAGAUAUUGUAGAGCUGGAAAAUGUGGGCGAUGAAAAUUAACUCGGGAGCAUCCAACGAAACUGGAUGUUGGAAGAUUCGGGACAGACAAAAUAAAGCGCUUCUUCUCACAGCACAUAGUUAAAACUAUGGAAUCUGUUCCUAUGAGAAGCAGUGAGGACCCCCAACUUGGACAGCUUUAAAAGAGGAUCGGACGAAUUUGUGGAGGAUAACGCUAUCAGUGGCUGCUGGCCACAGGGGCUAUGCUCCACCUGCAUGGCCGGAGGCAGUGGGAACUACGUUGCACCCUGUUCCUUUUUGUGGACAUUGGGUUGGCCACUUGUAGGAACAGGAUGUUGGGCUGGACAGCCCCCAGCCAGAUCAGCAGGGCGCAUCGUCUGUUCUUAUGACGUGAAAGGAAGUUGAAGUUAGAAACUUCCACUCAGACAGAGAGAGGGAGAGUUGAGGAGGGAUAAGAAAAGAAUGUUAUUGAGGGAUGGAGAGGGAUGAUGGGUUCAGCUCUCGUCUCACACUUUGUGUCGUCUCUUUCUCCCCACAGUAUCUUAUCCCCCUUGUCGCGGAUGGAGGCCCGGCUGGUGCAACGGCAGGCGCCGCCUUCCUACGGGCAACUCAUUGCUCGCGGCGUCAUCCCCCCCGUGGAAGGCUUCCCCACGGAGCACCCUCAUCAGGUCAGCAAAUUCCUAACAUUUGUAGAACCUGAGGUAUGAGGCAAAAUGUACAGGCCCCACUCUCUUCGUUUUUGUGUGUGUGAGAAACGCUCCCCAAAGCCUUUUGUUUGUCCACUCUACCAGAAAGAUUCCUAUGAGUGCCCCAUGUCUUGACUCCCCAUGUCUCCCCACGUAGCCGGGCAAGAUUGAAAUUGUCUCUGAGGUCUAAGAUGUUACAUUAUUCUGGGUACUUGGCUGCCACUGGGAUUGCAAACUGCACAGAUGCCUCUCUGUAAGCUCCAUUGCUUGUACGAUGGGAUAUCCAUAUGGCUCGGGCCAAUUAUAACCACAGCUGGGAAAUGGCCCUCAUAUUAAGAUGCAAUUCAUUCUUAGAAAGCCGUGUCUUUAAGGCAGAAGUCUGGGGACUCUGAGCCGGGAGUUUUGAGGAGCAAUAGGCAACAAGAGCACUCGGGCGAGGCUGUGUCAAGUAGCUCUCGCCAUAUUGAGGGCCUGCAAUGAACAUCAGUAUUGCAGCCUCCCAUAUCACUCAGUUCUGAAGAGGGCUCUGAAAACUCUGGGACCACCGCAAGCGAAGAUGCGAAGAUCUGAAUAAUAGGUGUGCCCAGCAAAGGAACUGUAGGGCAUGCAUCUGUAGAAAGAGAGCGUAAAUACCUUACUGGAGUCUUCCCAACAUAUUGGCCAUCUCAGGCCCUAUGAUUGGCAGGGGAGGCCUUUUUAAUGUUACCACCUCUGGCUGCUGCCUGGAUAGCGUUGACCCAUGACAGGGACUUUUGGGUGGUGGCUCUGCAUUUGUGUGAUGCACUCAUUGGUGGGGUGCACCUGUCUCCCUCAUUAUUGGCUUUCAGGAUAAAUUUUUAUAACAUCCCUGUUUACCCAGGCAUUUGACUGAUGAUGGCUACUGAAAAUGUUGAAAUUAGUAACUGUGAGGGAAUGCAAUUGUUUUUAGUGUCUUCCAGAUUUGCAUUUUUGAUGUUUCAAAAACCUUUUCUAGUUUACAUUGUACUGCUUUGACAUGUUUGCCACACUGGGCUUUGGGGAGUGGGACGGGCAGGUUGCAAAGGUAAUAAAUUAAUGAAUGGGUAAAUAUGCCCUCCCUGGAUUCCUUGAGGGACUCUCCCUGCCAGGUAAACACACUUGUGUUUGGUUUUCGGUCUGUCCUAAUUCCUCACCACCCUUCCCUCUGCUCUUUCAUUUCAGAAUUCAGUGCUGGGGAACUUGAGGUCUCUGCUGCAUAUGUUCCGCCACGACACAGCCGCCGCCACUGCCACUGGUGGGAACCGCCGCCCGCAUCGCAGCCGCUUCCUGCGCCGCUUGGCGAGGCGCAUGAGGCGGUUGGGACUGCUGCCUCGGUCUGCCCCAACCACCUCCACUUCUGCCGCUGCUGCUGCCACCACCACCACCACCACCACCUCUUCGUCACACUCCACUCCGGAUACCUUGCCUGAGCCACUACCUGGAGAGGAAAACACAACUUCCGGCCAGCUGGAAGAGCAAGCCCCGCCUCUUCCCCAGAAGGCCCCGCCCCCGCCUGCUGAGCCUGCGCCAGAGCCCCAGGCCCCGCCCCCUCCCACCCCACGGUUCUCGGGGAUGAUGCGCUCUAUCCGCGUACGGCUGUUCUCCCCUGUGCUGCCGUGCUCUGUGGAGGCAGGCAAUCCCCUCAGUGCCCCUCCGUCCCCUGAAGACGAGGAUGAUGUACUUCUGGUGUCCCUCACCGUCCCCGACUCUGAGAGCGGAAGUGCGUCUGCCGACUGGGCUGCGGACGACGAGCCCCUUCUGACCUGAGCGGCCUUCUGCAGCAGCAUCCGGACUCUCUUACCCAAAUACUGGACGUUGCCUUUUAAGAACAGCACACAGGGUUACUUAUGCACAACAGCAGAAGCAGAAAUUUUUUCAGCUCUCUCCCACUUACCACCUCUCCCCCACAACCCACCAGCAAUCCCUUCCCUUCCCGCUUCCCUAAAGGUAUAUUUUGUGGUGUAUGGGAAAGGAUGGCAGUGUAUGGCAGUUAAAAAAAAAAAAAAGAAAGUUCUUAAAGGUUAUUUUCCACGCUUGGCGUUUGAGCAAGAGAAUAGGGGCCACCGCGACACCUCUCUUUCCUCAGUCACUUUGAGGAUUCAAAUACCAGCUCAGUGGAACAGGGGAGCGAUGCUUGCGUGCCACGUAAAUUGGGGUUCUUUAAAGGGGAGAGAUUCUGAUCUGGUAUACCGUCGCUGUUUCUAGUUCUGCGCAACGAGACGAGAGAAAACAAAUCCCUAGGGGCCACCCAGUUAUCUUGACACCUCCAUCUUCUGAGAGCUGCCUGCCGCGGGUUUUGUUUCAGUCGGUGCUGAAAUCGCGGCUUGUGUGGAAGAAGUGAUAGGAGUACAUGCACUUGACAUUUUAAGAAAUGUUCUUGGAAAGUGAGGAGGAGGAGGAGGAAAUGAAAUAUGCUUCUGCAGGGAGAAGCUCAGAUAUGUCUGCCUGAAGGAAGGAGAGUUAUGUAGUAGUCAGAAGUAACCCUUACAGGCACUGUAACCCUUAAAAGCAGUGACUAAAUUGGCGGGACCCCAAUCCUAAUUUUGCAAUGCCACAGCAGAGAGGAAAAAUUCAUGUGAUUUGAGUGGACUAGAAAAUUAUUAUUGUGGAGUUGUGGAAAGAUUAAAAGAAGGAGGAAAGGCUGAAGUCAGUAACUCAGCUUAAAUUCUUCUGCAGUAGUUGCAAAACAACAUUUUGACCGUGCACUCCCUGUGUAUGUUUACUCAGGAGUAAAUCCCAAAUUUGUUCAAAUGGACUUACUCCCCAGUAUAGAGAUAGAAUUGCAGCCUUAGGGAAAGAAAAGGAUGGACAAUGUUUUCUUCCUUUUAUUGAUUAAAUGUUUUGUAAGUAAGCUAUUUUUUGAAAAAACACAGAAAAUGAAAGAAGUUAAAUUUUGCACAUGGAAUAUCUGAACAGCUUUAAAUAAGGAAAAUUUGUAUGAAGGAUUUAUUUUUUUAAAGAAAACGCUCCUUGAGAGCAGUGAUCAGUUAAGAUUUUUAGUCGUGAUCAUUGCAGAUUAUUUCUUUCGCAGUGACCAAAAGCACAGAAAACGAUGCAUGGAUCCAAAGGCCCAAUAAAUUAACAUAACUUGGUAUAAAUGAUGAUUGAAAAAUAGAUUUUAAAAGGUAAAGGUUAUCUCUGGCUAUUUAAUAUAAAGAGUCCUAUUUUUAAAAGAUGAAGCUAAGGCUUCAUUCAAGCCAGUCAGAGCAUGAAGAGAUGUUGUUCUAAACACGACGUUAGAACAGUUAACAACUCUUAAUUCUAACUGAUUUUUUUUUUUAAGGCAGUGGCUCAUUCUUAAGCAUCUUUCUUAGACAGGUGUUUUAAAAGGAGCAUAAAAGGGUAAUAUCUGCAUUGAGUCUUUGCCCAGAUCUUUGUAUGUCUAUUUUUUAAAAUAAUAAUAAUAAUUUAACUGACAAUAUUCGAAAAACAGUUUCAAAAGAACGUUGUGGGUGACUUCCAAUGUUAUCUCCCCAUUUGUGCAACAGAGAUCAGCUUUGCGCAAGGAGGUUUCUGGUUUCUCCUCUGCUGCCUCCAGAUCUUCUUCAGAGGGUCCCCUUGCCUUCUGGAGCAUAAUUUGAGGGCUUCAGGAGGGGCUGAAGGGGCAAGAGAGGAAGGAGAGCCCACAUCUCAGAAGUGGAAUUUCUCUCACACUGUUGCCUCUUGCCCAUUAGGUGUGAAUUGGAGCUGGGGAACCCCUGAGCCUCCAAAUAUUGUUGGACUCCAACUCCCAGCACCCAACUAUCGUGGACAGAAGUUGGCACUCAUGGGAGUUGUAGUCCAGCGGCGUCGGAGGAAUCGCAGGUUCCUUAUCCCCUACCACAGGGUGUGUGGUGGCCAUGCUUCUGAAAACCAGUAGCAAGGCUAAGCUAUGUCUGCAUAAAGCUUUAUAGAGGUGAAAGAAAACAGUUUUUCCUUGUUGUUUUUCAACUGACACGAUUCUCUGUCUGGAGAUUCGUUUUGGCAAUAACAGGCUCAGAUGCAAUGACUGUGAUGGAUUCUUCUUCUUCUUCUUCUUCUGUUGUUGAUCCAGCUGUUGAUACGCAAACAGGGGGGUGAGGUGGGAGCCCCACCAGAUUAGAAAGUCUGCAGAACAUUCCAAAUCAAAACGAUACACUGCAAUCCUGUCAGGUAAAGAAACCUCCUAACAGGAUUUCGCUAAACCGGUGCCUUCUUAAUCGCACAAUCUAUGGGCGCUCCACGUGACUCAGACGAAGCAAACCAGGGCAGAGGUGGGGGGCCUCUGCAGUUGGCAGCUAUUAUUGUACCUCUCCUGGCACACCUGGGCCUUGAACGCCUUCCCCAGCAAGGAUGGGAAGUGGGGCUGCGACUCCCAUCAUCCCUAAGCCAGCACAGUCAGUACACAGGGAUUAUGGGAGCUUCAACCUCUGGAAGGCCACAAAUUCCCUGUCUCCCCCCUUUAAAAAAAAGAGUUAGGUGAGAUGUUCAAGCCCCAUUGAAAUGGACCCACGGUGCAUUGGUUCCCCUGGCUUUGUUAGCUGCUGGCACAAGUAUGUAUGCGUGUGAGAUAUAUAGAUAUAUAUAUACAUAUAUAAAUUAUAUAUAAUUUAUUCUUAUUUGCUGACAAGAGAUGCUUCUCAGAGAAAUCAGUGGCGACAUUUAAUGGAAGCCAGGAGUUCAUGUUUUACUGCUGUCUUGUUCUGUUCUCUCCCCCAUCUGGGUAGGUGUGUGUGGAUAACUGACAACGUCGAGUUCUAGAUGAGCAAAUAUUUGCACUGUGUAUUUUAGUCCGUUGAGCUGUGACCACUAACUGGGGCCGCGCUGUUUUGUUAUUUCACCUUCUGUUGCCUUUUCGAGUUUUUUGCUAAGAAUUAAAAAGAGAGAUUUUGAACUGUAA